UAAAUUUCAAAAUGGCGUGAACAUGUGUUCUCAUGAGUUUUGAACGUUUGACGUCCGCUCAGUGGGGAAAGAUUUUUAAAAUUUUCCGGCUCCUAUUUUAUUAAAGUACAUUUUGGUAAUUUUAAUUUUUAUUGUGCGUGGAAUGGCCGUGUGUGGUGAAUAUAUUAAAAGUCAGUUUCCAACAAUUGACGAUGAUCUUUAUCAAUAUGUGGAAGGAAUUCUUGACAGUUCGAAAGAUGACUUCGAGGAUGAAAAUGAAGUUUAUGAGGCGAUCGGUGAAGUUUUACAUGAAGUAGCUGAGAAGCCAGAAAUUGUGGUUAGGCAAAUAUGCAAGAAAUUAUUAGAAAUGUUAAAAGGAGGGACCAAUGGAGCUCAAAAUGGAUCAGGAGAAAGAAAAAAUGGUGAGAAUAAAGUUUUAAAUGCUCCGGUUCAUUUGGGAUCAAUGGCAGCGACAUUAGAGGAACAAGUUGAACAAAUAAAGAGUAUUUGGGUUACAACACGAGACGAUGGAAUGAAAGUAGACGCCAAGAAAUUGGAAAAGGCAGAGGCGAAGUUGCAACAGAAGCAAGAGAAAAGAACAGGAAAUGAUUCAACUGGUAUACGAAUAGUUAAUAAUUUAGUGCCUGCACUAGAGGCAGCGAGUGCAAGUCAAAUGAUGAGCAAAAAGGAAAGUAGAAUGGAGAUGAAAGGCUCUGUAAAUAAGACCCAGGAUAUAAGAAUUGAAAAUUUCGACGUUGCUUAUGGAGAUCGAAUUUUAUUGCAAGGUGCCGAUAUAACUCUCGCAUUUGGUCGACGUUAUGGUUUAAUUGGUCGGAAUGGUUUAGGAAAAACUACACUACUUAGAAUGAUAUCAUGUAAACAAUUAAGAAUUCCGUCGCACAUAAGAGUUUUACACGUGGAGCAGGAAGUCGCGGGCGACGAAACUUCGGCAUUGGAAUCAGUCUUGGAGAGUGAUUACGAGCGCAGUGCGUUGCUGAGUCGUGAGGCCGAAUUACAAGCGGCCAUGGAGAAGGAAGGUGGAAAAUCGGAAGCACUUGGCGAGGAAUUGGCGCGUGUUUACGAGGCGAUGCAAGUGGCCGAAGUGGAGAAAGCACCAGCCAGAGCGAGUAUGAUACUCACGGGUCUAGGAUUUUCCGUCGAGCGACAAUCUUGGCCGACAAAAUCAUUUUCUGGCGGUUGGCGAAUGCGUCUCGCACUCGCGAGGGCACUUUUCUCCAAACCCGAUUUAUUGCUUCUCGACGAGCCUACUAACAUGUUGGACAUUAAGGCAAUUCUCUGGCUGGAAAAUUAUCUUCAAUCUUGGCCCACGACGUUGCUUGUUGUCUCUCACGAUCGCAAUUUUCUUGAUACUGUGCCAACCGAUAUUCUCUAUUUGAAAGCCCAGAAAAUUGAGCCUUAUCGUGGAAAUUAUGAACAGUUUGCAAAAACGAAAGGCGAACGAGAAAGAAAUCAACAGAGGGAAUAUGAAGCACAACAAGCAAAGAGGGCUCACGUUCAAGAAUUUAUUGAUAGGUUUCGUUAUAAUGCCAAUCGUGCCUCCAGUGUUCAAAGUAAAAUAAAAAUGCUCGACAAAAUGCCUGAAUUGAAGCCAAUGGAAAAGGAAAGUGAAGUGACUCUACGGUUUCCUGAAGUUGAACCAUUAAGUCCUCCAAUUCUUCAAUUAAAUGAAGUUUCCUUUCGCUAUCAGGAGAAUGUCGAUUUAUUUACUAAUGUUAAUUUAACGGCAAAUUUGGAAUCGAGAAUUUGCAUUGUCGGUGAGAAUGGAGCUGGAAAGACGACAUUAUUAAAAAUUAUUACAUGCGGUUUGAGUCCAUCAAAAGGCUCAGUGCACAUACAUCGAAAUUUAAAAUUUGGUUAUUUUAGUCAGCAUCAUGUUGAUCAGCUUGACAUGAGGAUCUGUCCAGUUGAAUUACUUCAGAAUCAUUUUCCAGGUAAACCUAUUGAAGAAUACAGAAGAAUGUUGGGUAGUUUUGGAGUGAGUGGUGAUCUCGCUCUUCAGACAAUUAAUUCUCUCUCGGGAGGACAAAAAUCGAGAGUUGCUUUUGCAUUAAUGUGCGCCGCGAUGCCUAAUUUUUUGGUUCUCGACGAACCGACCAAUCAUCUCGAUAUUGAGUCAAUCGAAGCUUUGGGAAAAGCUCUUAACGCCUGUCAAGCUGGUGUAAUAUUAGUCUCCCACGACGAGAGGUUGAUUCGAAUGGUGUGUAAAGAACUUUGGGUCUGCGGAGGUGGAUCAGUGAAAUGUAUAGAAGGCGGAUUUGACGAAUAUCGUAAAAUUAUAGAAAAGGAAUUGGAGAUGUAGAAUAUAAUUUAGCUAUGUAAUUAAAUGUGCUUUAAAUUGUUAAUCAAUUAGUAAAUUUUCAAAAUGAUUUCGAUUAAUGGAAUCAAUUUAAUUUUAAUUACGACAAAAAAAAACUGGAAUGAAUAAUUAUCAUAUUACUGUUGACCACGUCUUAUUUAAUAAAAAUAAAAACAUAAUUGUUAAAUUUU